UUCACCCCAUUGACAAGCAUGGCCGGCCAAGUACGCGGAUACCGGAGAAGACGCUCGCUCAACGCUGGGAUCGCAUAUGUUCAACGAUGGGGAUUCACCGAUGCCUUCGUCAGAAACUGCUUUGCCGUUGCAGUGCUAGCGGCAUACUUUGCCAGUACUGUGCUCGGGGACUCGUAUGUGACGACGAUGGGCACCUUCCGCAACGACAAAAAGAUUGGGCGUCUGCCGGACCGAGGCCGGGUCUACGACUGUCUCAACCAGUGCGAAAAGACCCCAGAGUGCUACUGUGUCAGGAUGUCCAACACCAAGAAGUACAGCUGCGAUCUGCUAACACCGUUUCCGCACGGUAAACCGCUAACACCAAAAGGAUACAUAUAUUUUGCAGCGAACAAGUACAAGGAUACUUUGUACAAUGAGUCCGGUACCGCCAUUAACUACGCUUUGAGGAAGAAGACAAUGCAGAGCUCGACAUACGAACUGUAUGGCAUCCUGUACACGUCCGACAAAGCAGUAGACGGCUCUCACAACACGGACGGUCUCAAGCCGCCGUACUUUGCUCACACCCUAGACUCCUACUGGAACGAGUUGUUUCCCUGGUGGAUGGUUGACCUCAACCAAGAAAUUACGGUCACAGGCAUACGGUUACGAAACCGAAAAGAGUGGGGCGAUCGAUUGCACGACUACGACAUCCGAGUGGGUCCCCAGCCAAUUUCUGCAGAAUUCAACGACGUACCCUUCAAGCUGAACACCCGCUGCCACUACCACGAAAAAGGCGGCAUUCCAGAAGAGGCCCUGCUCUUCAUCGAGUGCAAGCCAUGUCCGGUUCGCGGACGCUACGUCAGCAUCCAGAUCACGCAAAAUUGUACGGACUGCAGAGAACCUCUCAAGAACGUUCUACAGAUUGCAGAAUUCGAAGUGUUUGGGCUACCCUAAUAAAAGACACCAUAGCCACAAUCGCUACAGACAGUGGGGGAUGAAGGAGCAGAGGUUCGCCUCUUGCCUUCAGUCCUUCUCUUUUGCCAUCAGUGCAGCUUCAGUUCUCUACCUUGAGUUCACCACUGUAUACACAGUGAAUCGAACAAUGUUUUAUCUUCAUACUACAUACAUUGGCAAGAAAGCAGAGUACUUUUCGUUGACAGUGCAACAGUGUGUCUGCGUACAGGGACACGCACAAAGGCAUUAAAAAA